AUGGAAACAGCAGCUAGAGAUCCUUACACACAGAUGUAUUUUAAGGUGUUGGGCUCUUUAAUAGACAGAAUAAAGAUGUUGGACACAGUGCCUGUCCCACAUACGGCUCAAGGGAAGGAACAUGUCUUCACCAACCUGUCCCUGCAGAACAACACCAUCGGCACCUACCAGCUGGCCAAGGCCAUGACCACCCCCGCCAUCAUCCUCAUCCAGUCGCUCUUCUACGGCAAGACCUUCUCCGCCCACGUGCGCCUGACCCUGAUUCCCAUUACUCUCGGUGUAAUCCUGAAUUCCUAUUGUGACGUGAAGUUUAAUUUCCGUGGACUGGUGUUUGCUACUCUCGGUGUGUUAGUCACAUCCCUUUAUCAAGUGUGGGUUGGAGUCAAACAGCACGAGUUGCAAGUGACCUCCAUGCAGCUGCUAUACUACCAAGCGCCCAUGUCAUCGGUCAUGCUGUUGGCCGUCGUGCCCUUCUUUGAGCCCGUGUUCGGAGAAGGGGGGAUAUUCGGACCCUGGUCGCUUUCUGCUGUGCUUAUGGUGCUGCUGUCUGGUGUGGUGGUCUUUAUGGUAAACUUGUCCAUUUACUGGAUCAUUAGGAACAUGUCACCCGUCACUGCCAUUGUUCUUACACUUCCCUUGACUAUCUUUUCUCUUAUGGAUGUUAUCUACACCAUCUCAGAUUUGACACUCAGGAACCAAUACUCUAUCAGAGCAGUCACCGAACAGACCAGCUUUGCUCAUAAGAGACUGUUCACACUCGUAUAA